AUCGUCUACAAAUUCGGCCCUCAUCUUCGUAUAUUGGGCUUGUAUCUCUUACUAUGAACUUGUAAUAACUGCUUCUCUUUCUUGACUAGGGUAAAGAGGAUGCUGGUGUUACAACAAAACACAUGUCAACUACAAGUGCAAGCUGCAGCGCCUUUGGAAUGGACUCACGAUGCUAUCGUGAAUAGCUUAUCAUCUUCACAGUACGGCUCCGAAGAAGAUAGCCACUACGAUAGAGGACGAUGGCCCCAACUACAUCCUCCAAGGAGACCCGAGCAAGAGCGGAUGCGCCAGAAAAACGCCCAUCGCUUUUCGGGCGGAUGUUUGGUACAUCCUCAGGCAGCAGUUCGAAAGAAAAACCCGCUGACGCCAAUGCGGAUCAGAGUGUGCCACGACGUCCAAGUGUCUCUUCCGUGGGAGAGCCACGCGCCCCUUCCAAAGACAACAACUGGGGUCAAGGUGGGGGAAGUAUUCCGACUGCGCCGCCCAGGGGUCCCUCAGAUAGCCGGCUCCGGGUGGAAAUCGGGCCAAAGAUCGGGCCUACACCCGACAGUGACUUCUUGGUUGGUCACGGACUCUAUGCGGACAGUGGUGCUGGCCCAACCGGAAAACAAGCUGGAGGAGGUUUCGACUUCAACAAGCCGCUCCUGCCAGGAGCAGGAGGUUCUGGCACUACCGGAGUGAGUGCAAGCGUUGAAACGGAUAGCAGGAAAGAAAACUCAUCUUCCGCAUCAGGCCCAGGUGGAGGAGGAGGAGCAGCAUCGCAGCCACCACCAGGAGCACGGGCAGG